GACGAGGGUUUCGACUUCGAGCCCAGCCCCGUGCCCUCCAGCUUCCAGAUCGUGGCCGACAGCGCGUUCCCAGAGCUGUCCCAGUCUGCGGAUGACUCCGGCUGGCAGGUGACCGAGGCCCGCGGCGUGCUGAUCGUGAUGAAGGACAGGCUGGAGGACGCGAAGGCCCUGUACGUGGUCCAGGAGGAGGAGGAGGACGAGAGCCUCUUCGAGAGCGCGGACGGCACCAAGUGGCAGGACGGCGGGCGCGAGUCGGAGCUCGACCACGGCGGCGGGCACUUCAUCAUCCAUACCGCGGCUCCUUCUGCCACGAUGGGCCACGGCAGUGGUAGCGCGGAGAACUUCGACACGGCGGCUUGGGAGGGACAGCUGGGCGCGCAGGGCGGCACUCGCAACCCUUCUGGCAUCGCAGCGGGUGUUAGAGCAGCGGAUGGCGCCACCGAUGGCGCGAUGCAGAUCUUCGUGAAGACGCUGGCGGGCGCGACUAUCACACUGGACGUCAAACCCCAUGACACAGUCGGCACCGUCAAAUCGAAGAUUCUGGAUAGGGAGGGGAUCCCUCCGGACAUACAGCGCUUGAUCUUUGCUGGGAAGCAGAUGGAGGACGAUGAGCAGCUCGACCAUUACCACAUCCAGCGGCACUCUUGCCUUGAACUGGUGCUCCGCCUCCGCGGAGGGAUGCCUGCGGCCUCUUCUUCCAGGGUUCUUCGACGACAGGAUUCGGAAACGUCAAUGGGUUCUCGUUUGAGGCGCGCUGCCAAAGCUCGCGUUGCCGCUGCUGCCAUGACACCGCCAAAGAAAGGGAACGCCAAGACGAAACGUGGAGCAGGUACCAGAACUUUGUUUUCAAUGGGCAUCAAAAAGGUCAAAGUCGAUUCGGAAGGACAGGUGUGGACGCAGGCUGAGCCCCCGCCCCCGCCACCCACGACAGAGUUCAAGUGCGAGUAUUGCGGCAAGAGCGGGUUCACCAACAAGGCGGGCUUCAUGGGGCACGUGUCCACCGUCCACGCGGCGUUGUUGCGAGAGAAGGCCGAGGAGCAGCGUCGACAGCAACUGCUCGAGCAUCAGCCUUUCGGUUGGGCCCCUGAGGCACUCGCCGCGGGCGACGUCGUCUGGGGCCCACCACCUUCGACCUUGCAGGGCGUCUGGGGCCCACCAGGCGUCUGGGGCCUCAUCGAUGUCCCUGCCCUCGUGCACAAGCGGUCCGGGCGCAUGGUGACGUCGCCACACAUCGUGCAGAAACCAGGCCGCACUGGCACCAAGGGCGUCGGCAGCCGCAACGUACAUCCUAGUGGUUUACGCCGCUCCGCCGACCCCCAGAAGGGGUAA